GUGUCUGCUAGGCCUAAAGAUAAUGUCUCCCUCUCACAAUGUUGUGAAUAUUGUUUUCUUUUGGUUGAUUGUUCUGUUUUAAUGUUUGUGUGCGCAUUCAGCCUAUUUUCUAGCAGAAUUGCGAUUUUCAAACGAGAUGAAAUCACUGUCACCACAGCAAAACGCCAUUUUUGCUUUUGAAAACAGAUCGGAGAGUCCUUCAAGGGACGGGUAGUGGGCCAGUUAUUAUUUAUUUUUGGGUUGUUUUUCCUUCGAUCAAGAGUUUCGUUUCGUCGAUAUAUUUGGAUCCCACGUUUGCAUCACAAUGCCAGUCAUUGAGGGAGUUGGUGAUGAAGUCUUUAAUGUCCUGCUCAUAGCACUUAUUGUUGUUUUGGGCAUUGUUGGAUGGUGGUCGACAAGUAUAUCAGAACAGCCCCUGAUCCGAACAGUGCUUAUUCUUGAACCUCGGCAUCAUGCUGCUACUGAAACAUCAGCAAAUGUUAUAGCUCCAAGCCCUCCACAAGACACUGGACAACGAGAUCCUACUCCGACUAUUGAGGUGGCCACUGAAACAACUUCUGUGCCAAACACUUCUUCAACUGCAUCUAAAAACCAGAACCAUGGAUCUCAAGAGCAACAAUCAGAAGCUGCUGGAGGAACUGAUCCCAGCUCAAGUUCUGGACAGAGUUCUGAGGGUGCUACCGCAAGCGCUCCCCUGGCUUCUAAUGAAAUCAAUGAGUCAAAUGACUUGCCUGGUAAUUCAGAUGUGCCUGGUAAUUCAGAUGUGGGUGAAAGUUCUUCCGAAGUGUCAACCAAUGCAAAUGAGUUAAGAAGAAGGCGACUGCAAUUUUUUGAGGAAAAGCAUGGUGUUGACAAUUCAACAGAUGCAAGCUCCAAUCAAGCUGAAAGUUUGAAUGAAAGAGGUCCAGAAUGUGCAGUGGCCAGUAGUUCUUCCAGCAAUACUCAAGAAACAAUAGAACAUAAAGAGACUUCCCAUGAAAAUGAAUCAAGCUCUUCUGACCCCUGCCUAGCUUGUGAUGAUAUUCGAAUCAAACUGAAAUUUCUGAAUGACAACCAGAAAAUGGUUCAAGGAAAGCUUCAAGAACCUCUAGGAGAUUUCAAACGGCGUAAUUUUGCAGUUGAAAUGGCAGCUCGCAAAGUAAUUAGGCUUAUUUUCAACGGUCAGGUUUUACAGAGUGACGAUAGAACUCUUCAAAAUUAUGGAUUAUUUGAUAACUGUGUUGUACACUGUCUGGUUCACAAUCAACGUGGCACUAAUCAAAAUGUUGACAAUGCCGCCAAUGGCAAUACUGGGGAAGAUGUGAAUUUGGGGGGAGUAGAAAUGGGUGAGUUAAGGGAGUGGGACAUGAGUAGUGUACUGUAUAUCUCGACCUUUGUGAUUUUGUCUGCCAUUUGGUACCUACGCAUCAAUUUUUCUCAAAUGUUCUCUGCCACAUCAACUGUAGCAUUGUUUGGCCUGUCAGGAAUUUUUGUCAUAUUUCUAGUGGGCAUGUACAUUCCAGACCAAGAAGUUCUGCGUACCUGAUUGUGGGAGGAGGCGGCUGACUUAGACCGCCUCUUGUGUAUUUUUGUGAUUCAUAUGGGAUACUUCAUGUCAUUGGUUUCGGUAACAGCAAAUGCAGUGGUUCGCCACUAUCUCUAUGAAAUACCUGAGAUCUAUGAUGUUUGGACCUGAUGCUCCAGAUUUAUGAAUAAAAUGCAUAGUUAAUGGAAUGCUUGCUUUCAAUAUACUGAAAUCAGACUUUCAAUGAUUGUGCUGUUGAUUUCACAAUAUUUUGUCAGCUUAUUUUGUAUUAUUUAUUAAAAGUAAUUUGAAAACUUGUUUUUUCUAUCAUUUUUCUGAAUUUUUAAUUUUAUUAUUAAACUUCUAUACUCUGUGAGGUGUUGUUUUUUGUUUUUUUUACACUUCUCUUUGGCAGACGAAUAUUUAGGUCCAAUUUUGAUAUUUAUUGUAAGGUAGACGUAGGAAAUGCUGUUCACUUUCAGAGCUUAUUUCUCUACCCACAUGAAUGUACAUGAAUGUACUUGCUAUUAUUUAUCACAUCUUCAAGUUCUAAGCAGCUAGUUCCGCACUCCUCUUUCACCCCAACUCUCCCUGCUGCAGUGCUCAACUUUCAUUGAAUUUGGUGAUGAGGAUUAAUGGUACUCUUCUCAUUUAAGGGACAUUUCAGCUUUUUUGCUGACACAGCAAAUGAGCUUUUUUUUUCUUUAUGUCAAGACAUUGGUUAAUUUGUACAGAAUUUGCUCACUAAAAAUACUCUGUUCAGUGCUGAUGUGUACCUUGACAGACUUUGGUUAGUGCUUAUUUUAUUUUUAAAUUUAUCUUUAUGUUAAAAUUAUGAGUUACCAUUGUUGAUUGUGCAUAUUUAUAAGUUUGCCUGUAUCAAUUGUUCGAAAUUACAACUUGUGUAUGGUAUAGGUGUAUUGUGAAGUCUCAGAAGACCGAUUCAUUCUGAACAGAAUUUGUGUAAAGGAGUAAAUUGAGUGUUGGUGAAAGGUCCUAUUGUUUGUUUUCCUACUUCACGUUUUGUUUUUCUGUAUUGCUUUGUGAACUAUGUGCCAUUGUCCUCAUAUAUUUGCUGUGAGGAAUGAGAUGUGAGCCGGUGACACCUCCCUUCUUCCUCAUCUGCUUGUCUCUUUUGCUCUAUUACCCUAUUACCUCAGUUUUCUCAUUGUGAUUGCUAAUAAGACCCAUGUUUUGUCUUCCCUAACUAUCCUGGGAAGAGUCUUGGAAAAUUUGCUUGUGGUUGUAGUUAGUCAGUCUGUCCAUUCAUUUAUUGUUUGUUAAAAAAAUGAUUUGAUCUAAAAUAAGCAGUGCGAAAAAAAGGACACGACUUUAGAAUGCAUAAUCAGUAGAGUGGGGUAAGAAAGAAUGAUCUCCUCUUCUGGUUUCCAAAUUUGUUUAGUGUUCUAAAAGGUCGUCUGAGAUGUUGUUCCUCUUCACCCUAUGCUCCAGUCUAGUCACAAGCUGGAUACACACAUUGUAAGGAGACUGACGUUCCAAACUUGCUCUACAGGUGUCUGCUUUAACCCUCCAGGUAGAUAAUAAAAACAAAUAAAAGGU